AUGGGGCAGAAUUAUUUCAGUUCUACCUCAGAACUUUAUUUGUUCUUCAACCUUUCCAGCAAUCUUCGACUUCUUAGGCUUGACAGCAAUGACUUCAAAGGGCCAUUUCCUUUCAAUAUGUUAGAAAAUUCCAGGUCCUUAACUGUCCUUGACAUCCAUGGGAAUUCUUUCAACUCCUCAACAUUCAUGCUAGAUUCACUGUGCAACCUUUCUAGUCUUGUUGUUCUUGAUCUCAGUUACAAUCUACUCGAAGGGUCGCUUCCUCUUUGCCUUGGCAAGCUGACUUCUCUUGAGAUUUUGAAUCUGAAAAUGAACAAAUUUGGUGGGAAAAUACCCAAUGAGUUAGGGGAUCUCAAAGAACUAACUUAUCUCGACUUGUCCUCCAAUUCAUUCAACUCCUCCAUUCCCUCAAGUUUGGGAAAACUCAGAAAGCUAGAAUUUCUAUAUCUUGGUGGAGGCAAUCAGUUGUAUGGUACAGUACCUUCAACUCUGGGGCAACUCAGCGGACUAAAAGAAUUAUCCAUCUCUGGGAAUUCAUUGACAGGUGAGAUAUCCGAGUCGCAUUUUAUGAAACUCAAACUUUUGAAAUAUUUGGAAUUCUAUGGAUUUGUUGAACUCAUAGUGAAUCCUCAAUGGAUUCCUCCAUUUCAACUAAGGCACAUUUAUAUAAAUUCCGUAAACAUGGGUAAUCAAUUCCCUCCAUGGCUUCAGACCCAACAAAAUGUUAGUCUGUUAAUUUUGAGAAACGCCAGUAUCUCUGGUCCUGUACCUGAGUGGUUUGGGACUACUUUUUCUAGUGUCACAGACUUGGAUUUAUCAAUGAAUAAAAUGCAUGGGGUGUUGCCUUCAUCAAUGAAGAACUUGAGAAGUUUAGCUGAUGUUAAUCUCAGCGAAAACAAACUUACCGGCGCCAUAACUGAAUGGAUUGGAGAAGAAUUAUCACAAUUACAGAGGCUCAGACUUCAAUCAAACAGUUUCUAUGGUGUGCUGCCUUCAUCCUUGAAGUCUAUGACUUCUUUACCUUCGAGUGGAAGAAGCUCGCUGGGAAGCAAAGUCAUUUCAACUUCUGAAAUGGAAAUCCAUGCUUCUAGUCCAUCGUCAUUCCUUAUGCUCAUUAAACAUUACUUCAGUGUCAUUUGGGGUACUGGCAGGGCAAAAGUGAAAUAG